GGGGCGGGCGGCGGGCACGCAGCUGGCCAAGUCUCCGGAGCCGAUCCUCCUUCGGCACGAGCCCGGCGAUCUUUGCCGUGGAUGCUCUGCCCCGAGUGCUCCGUGCCGCGCCAGGCUUGCCAGGGUCCGCGGCAAGACAUGCCCGAGCCAGGCGCUGCACCGACCUCCACUUAUCAGUAAGCAGCCAAAGGCACCAUGGUCAGCAAGGACUCCGGUAGAUGCAUACUCACGACACCAGAGCGGGAAGUGGAGCCAGCUGCCUGCCUGGCCCUGGAGAUGAGAUAUGCCCUAGACCCUAACCGGCAGAUCAAAAAGCGGAACAAAGCCCUGCAGGUGCGCUUCAAGGAUAUCUGCGAGGCCCAGAAUGAGCAGAGGGACACACAGCUGUCUUCGGGAUCUCUGGAGAAGCGAGAGGCCAAGGCUGUGUCCUGUAGGACGGCCUACCGUAAGUAUAUGACAGUGCCCGCACGCCGAUCCAUUCCCAAUGUCACCAAGAGCACGGGUGUGCAGACCUCACCAGACCUUCGCAAGUGUUACCAGACUUUCCCGCUGGACCGCAAGAAAGGCAGUCUCAAAGGCCUGCCAGCUGCAGAUUCCUUCAAAAACCAGAACAAUGGGUUUCUAACAGGCUCAAAAGAGAAGAGCGAGGCUGGGCCCAUGGAGGACCCCCGGCCUUGCAGUGCGGGAAGGAUUCACAAGACCACAGCUUUGGUUUUCCAUUCCAACGAGCACGUGAAUGCGCUGGACCAACCUUCCGGGGUCAACUGUGCAGAGCUCUGCAAGACUCCAGACAUGCUUGGCUACCCCGAAGCUCUAGUGCCGAACUCUCGGCCUCCCUCCGAGGAGCCUGUCCACCAGCUGCAGGGGAGAGCUAAGCCGGACAGGGGCACCCUUGAUUCAGAGGAGCCCACCCCGCUUACCCAUGGAAGGGUAUUUAAAACAGAGGUUGCCACUGUGUACCCGCCUGCCAUCAGUACCCGGGACCCUGAGCCUGGCUUGUCGAACUCGGCUGCUGCCAGCCAAUGGUCUCUCUGCCCUGCAGUUGAGGAGCAGAGGAGGGCUGCCCACCUCAAUGGGCUGCAGGCAUCCACAGGCUCUGCUCUGGCCUGCUCACCCCCAGUGCAGUGCCUGUCCCCAGAAUGUAGCGAACAGCCCCCACAGAACCAGCCUAGCCCCACCGCUGGGGUGGGGGAUGAAGAACGCCAACAAAUUGUGCCUCAAACCGAAGUGGUAGACCUCAAGGCCCAGCUGCAGGUGAUGGAGAACUUAAUCAGCUCCAGCCAGGAGACCAUCAAAGUGCUGCUGGGGGUCAUUCAGGAGCUGGAGAAAGGAGAGGCCCACCGGGAAGGGCUUUCAUAUCGGACGGGGCAAGACACAGCUAAUUGUGACACGUGCAGGAACAGUGCAUGUAUUAUCUAUAGCGUGGAGCUGGAUUUUAAGCAACAAGAAGACAAACUCCAGCCUGUGCUGAGAAAACUGCACCCAGUCGAGGAAACUCAGGUCAUCCCUUCGCCUUACACUCAGGAGACUUCCUCCUCCACACCCAAGCAAAAAUCCAAAACGGAGUCCAAAAAGCACGGAAGGUGGAAACUCUGGUUUCUUUAAGACUCGUGGGCUCGGGAGUCCCCAGACCGUCUUUCAAACCCACUGGAAUUUAAGUCAGUCCUUUUCCAAACUGGAUAGGACCAAGGGAACUGCGGUGCCAAUGUGUGCUCCCUGCUUCUCACCCUUCGUACCAAAAAGGCCUUCGCACCAACAGAUAAUGUGCAGCAAAGGGAGUGACUAUCACCCCUUGCCAGCUGUCCGUUGCAGAUCACUGGUGUGGGGUGUAAAGUCUGAAAUAAAACUUACGUAAUCAAAGAUAAGGAAAAACUCUAACCCCUGGCAGCCCCCUCCCAUCCAUGAACAAGUAUUGAGUUAUCAGUGUUUCACGCAGCAGGCUGUCCAUCUGUAGACAGUGGAACUUUUCAUUGUUUUUGGCCUUUUAUUCUUAUGACUUUUUUUUUACAUGAGAAGACAAAGCAAGCCUUCUGUUAGCAAAGGACUUCAUUUUUACCUUUCAUUUUGCAAAUAAGCAGGGGGCGGGUGCAGUUUUCAGCACAUUAAAUUCCGGAGAAAGCACAAUUUUUUUCAAGUGGUCGGAGACCAUGAAUAAUCUCGAAAAUGUGACUCUAUGUAUACCUGCCUUUGUGUGCUGUAGCGCUACGCCAAGUGACCACAUCUCAGUGUCACAUUGACGCCACAGAUUUAGCACCCUCUUCAUCUCCAGAUGGACGACAUGUUUACUGCUCAUUUUCCAAAUGGCCAGCAGCCAGGAACCACCCCUACCCCCACCCCACGUCAGGUUAUGCCUUCAAUCAUUGCAAGCUGACAGGGUCAGAGCUAAUGGACACUAAGCUGUCUUAGGUCUUGUUUUUAAUCUUUGGGUACCCAAAGGCCAAAUGAUGAAUCUGGCGAGCAUUUGAAAAGAGACAGAGAUACACAAUGGAUAAUAUAGUUACCUAUAAAUCACCGGUGCCUGGGCUGCGGCAGAAAGUGUUUUUGUGGCUCAGUCCCCAGAGACACUCUUCAUCCCUGCGUACAGCCAGGUGUUGUCUACAGUUCUUUAUGCCCUGUCUCUACUGUGCAAGAUCUGACCAUCUCAGAGAGAAACAGUGUUUCCCUUAGCUGCUACCAACGGCCAAAUUUACCAUCGCCUCCAUUUAAGCUAUCAGUAAAUUGUAUUAAAUGGCAUACUUAGGGGAAAGCUGUGAAUCAGAUGUUUUUAGGGAUUUUUUUUUAAAUCCGCCAUCACACACAAGAGUUCUCUCUUGAUUACACAUGACAACGUGAACCUCCACUCCUUUCUUUUACACUCAUGUCUUUGGACCUUUCCAGGUCUCUUUUUUAUAGAAAACAAAAUCCUCUUGUGAGUUAAUGAUGUCUCUCAGUGUUCUGCUUCUCAUGUAGGAAGUAGGGGGGGCGGGGUCUUCUUUUGCCUUUUAUUUAUUUUUCUUUUUUUUGUAUAACUUAAAACUUUGAAUAGUUGUGAGCAUAUGAGAAAAACCUAGUCUUCAGUGUCCGUCCAGGGCUUUCAGCAGGAACUGCAUGCUGAUGGCAGCCUCGCGGAUCUGGUGGCAAACCCAGAGCGGCUUGGUUUGGGGAGAAGGUCAUGGCCUGCUUUGGAUGGGCAGGAGGUAAGACUCACCAUGCUUUUCCUCUGGACUCAACAAUUUCAUUUAGUUCUGACAUUUGAGUUAUACAAGGAUCUAGAGAUCAGCAAUCAGAUCUGGUCUUUAAAAGAGAAAACUAAAAGAAUAUUUUGUAUGACUGCUCUCAGGGGAUUACUUAAACCACACUACAGAGGUAUGCUUAGUUUAAAAUGCGUGCACACACACACACACACACACACCCCACGUGUGGGAAUACAUACACACACACACAAACACAAACACAUGCCUUUCACAAAGUACACUGCAAAAUUUCAAAUCUGCUUAAUUCAAAAUGCACACACAGACCAUAUCACACACGCAGGUGCAGGUGCACGUGCACACAUGGGCAUGCACACAAGCACAUGCCUUUAAGGAAGUACGCUAUGGGAAUUCAAAUCCACAGAAGAGCAGUAAACAAAUGAGCCGGAGGAGAGCCCUGACCACGCUGAUCCUGUACCUUGAAGGAAGUGCAAUUGUCUCAUGCAUACUGAACCUUUAAACAUGUCUUUCACGUUUUUAUACUGUUUUUAACUGACAUUAUGAAAAUGCUGGCAACCAGUUUUCUCAUGUGUUUGACGAAUUCCAUGUUCUCAGUAAGUGGAAGAAAGGGUUUAGCAACUUUCUGUCCUGUGCUGCACAUCUGUCUAAAUGCAAAUACGUGUGACUACCUGUGAUGUCACUGUUUCGAGUCAAAUAAAAAAAUUAAAUAUUUUAGAGCCAGAAAUGAAACGCUGAAGAUAAACUAAUUCCUCCUUGAAAGAAAAAGCAUCUCUGCCAAACAGGAAACAAAAUGCAUUUUCAAGCUCAUUUCAUAGCCAAUCACAAUAUGCCAACGACAGAGGCCGACCCUUCUCCUGGAAAGAUUGAAGUCAAAAUUCAUACAAAACCAAGUGAAAAGUUCAGUAUUCCCUUCUAUGUAGAUGUACACAUGGCAUUACGUAUAGAGAGUAAAUUAUUAUACUUGUCAUUAAAUAUUU